AUGCCUAUCCAUGACCAAACAGAGUUUCAACUCGAUGACUACGGAUAUCACAACAUUACUUUAUCACCUAAAGAAAAUGUCAUCGUCCUAGACCUCGUCUUUUUCAUCUUUACCGCUACUUCUAUCAUCUUCCUCAAUGCAUUUGUCGUUACACUGGUCCUUAAACUUGGUUUUAAAAAGAUUACUAAAAAUUCAUUUAACUUUCAAAUCAUGAGUUUGAUCGUUAGCGACUUUAUGGUCGGAGUCUCGCUCCUCCCGACACAAAUCACGUAUUUCCUGGGUCAUCAUUCGGGUUUCGACUGUAGCGUACGUUGCGCGGUUUUCAUGAUCGCGUAUAUGGCUUCUCUACUCCACGUGUGCGUGAUAUGUCUAGAUCGAUGGUGGAUUAUUUACUUCAACAAAACUCAGAAGCGAAAGCAGCUCUUCCCAAGAUGUCUAUUUCUCCUAUUCGGGACCUGGGUAGCUGCCUUUCUGAUUGAAUUCAUCCCAUUUGUUCUCUGGCGAGAUGAGAACUCAGAGGUAUGCUCUAUCGCCAAUGUUUUUGGCGACUAUUAUAAUGAAGCUUUCGGGUACCAGGUAUGUACACAUAUUGCAGUCAUAUCCUGUAUAACCGUUUUUUACGGUUUAAUCAUUGGUUUCAUCUUAAACAAAAGAAAGCGUCUUAAUCCCGCUCACGGACGAAAUUCGGACGUCAACUCGGUUUCCAGCAGAAUCUCGGCAUUGGAAAAUUCUUCAAUGAAAGGAAAGUCUAUGCCGUACAUGAAAUCACAGCAAGACUUUUCAAGGAAUGGGACCGAGGUCCGUCAGCAAUCUAAACACGACAGUCGCCAGAACAAAGCCAUUCAAACGAUGGGAUUCAUCAUCGGCAGCCAUCUUCUCUGCGUUGGACCCCUUAUAUCCAUGCUUAUGAUGGAGAUCUUUGGCAACUUGGAGCGAACUUCCGUGUCAUGGCAUCACGUGGUCAUUUAUAUUGCCUGUUUAGGAUCCGCUAUUAACCCCAUUCUUUACGCAUUUAGAAUACCGGAAGUCAACAAAGCUAUGGCCAAAUUCUGUCGCGUUAACAAUACGUCGUUUGAUUGA